CAUCAAAUCACAACUACCGUCCCCAUGGAGGUGUACCUACUUCGUACCUAAAUUGGAUUGAUUGAUUGGGUGGUUGGUUCAAGGUUGGUUGGUUUUGGCUGCGUGCUCCAUCGCGGGCGCUUGCGCUAGGUCCCGUAUCUAGUGUGCCUACGCAUCCCUGACCCCUCCAGCCUUCUUCGCCCCCGUCUAUGGACCCCCCCGGACCUUACCCUAUUGUCUUGCAAGUCGCUCAUGCAAACCCUCUUGCUUUCUUUCACCUCUCGCAUCUUCCUCCAAAAUGGCGUGGCUUACCAUCUUAUCCGCCGCCGGCGUCAUGCUGUGCACUACUCUCGUAUACUUGACUCAAGUUGUCUACAACCACCGUCGCAAGAUCAAUGAGCUUCGCAAGCAAGGCGUUCCUAUGCCGAAGGAAUGGAGCUGGAUUACAGGCCACCUCACUGUGCUUCAGAAAUACGUGAACGGAAUCCCCCCAGAUGCUGCCGUGGCAUUCGCCAUGAGAGAUCUUUGCCAGGAAUAUACCGACACCGAAGUUUUCCUCAUGGACUUUUGGCCAGUAUAUCCUCCUCUAUUUACAAUCUUCGGUCCUGGAGCCAUUAGUCAGGUUUGUAACAAGUACAAUCUGCCAAAGACAAAGGUUGCGUUUAGGUUUAUGGAACCGAUAUCUGGCGGACCUAACCUUGUCACUAUGAAUGGGGAAGAAUGGAAAUACUGGAGAUCUUUGUUCAACUAUGGAUUCAGCACCGGAGCCAUGCUCAAUAAUGUUCCUCACAUUGUCGAUUCGAUACUGGUCUUCCGCGAGAAGCUUGUCGAGAGGAUUGGGAAGGGCAUGUUUUCUUUAGAUGAACUUGCAACCAAGGUUACAAUGGAAAUUAUUCUGAAAGUUACUCUAGAUGAUGAUUCAAACUACCAGAGGUCGCCUCAUGUCCUUGCAACUGCACUUGGGCGUGUGACAGCCUGGCAUUCGUUUUGGGAUCCUCGAGUGUUGAUGCAUCCUUUCCGGCCCUUCGUUCAGAAGUACAACGGGUAUGUUAUGAACACAUAUAUCCAUAAAGAGCUGGAGAAGCGUUUCCAGGAAAUCAAGGAGUCUAGGUACUCAGAUGAUUAUAAGGGGAAACCCAAGUCGAUCAAAUCCGUCACCACACUCGCUUUCGAAGCAUACAUCGCCGAAAGGCAAGACACAGAUGCUCUUCGAGUAGACAAGCUUGACAAGACUUUCGCAGAUUAUGUCGCGUACCAGAUCCGAACUUUUGUUUUCGCAGGAACAGAUUCGACUGCCUCUAUAAUGGUCUACGUCUACCACAUGCUUGCUAAGCAUCCUGACUGGCUUGAAAAACUGAGAAAAGAACACGACGAGAUUUUCGGACAAGAGCCUGCCGACGCUGCUGGCAUCUUGAAGGAGAAUCCCAGUCUUCUGAAUAGCUGCAAGCUCACGCUCGCGUUCAUAAAGGAAACACUGCGCCUCUAUGGACCGGCCGGAACCUUACGCUCCGGAGCACCAGGUAUCACCAUCACGGACUUGCAAGGCAACCAGCAACCUAUGGAGUAUGCUGGCGCAAACGUACUCCACCAGGCAUUGCAUCUCAAUCCUCGGGUAUGGCCAAGAGCUACCGAGUUCCUACCGGAGCGAUUCCUUGUCGGGCCCGAGCAUGAGCUAUACCCAGAUCCGGCAGCUUACCGACCUUUCGAACAAGGUCCCCGGAAUUGCAUCGGGCAAACGCUGGUCUGGAAUGAGCUUAGGAUUGCUGUCAUUCUUACUUGCCGGGACCUAACUAUCAGAGAUGCCUACGAUGACUUCGACGCCAAGAGAGAGAGCGAGAUGAGUAUUUACGAGAGACUGAAGGAAAAAAUCUUCGGAAAGCCUAUCAAAACGCUGUAUGGAGAUAGGGCAUAUCAGACGGACACAGGGGGUUUACAUCCUGCGGACGGGUACCCUUGCUAUGUCGAGUGGGCAAAAGAUCACUAAAGAAUAUUCAUACAUGGGUAGGAUAAUGAGGUAACCACGGCCUGAUUGAGAAUCAUGGCACUUAAUUCGGAUGAAAUGUCAUAACUACAACUCCUCUUUCCCACUGAAUCGUAAUUCUAAGAACUAACUUUGCUCUAUGAAAUGAGUGGCUCGAGGAACUGCUGUUGAUACAGUACCUACAUGGCAUAGGGCAAGAAGAUGGACCUCUAAAUUUAGAAGUCAAGCUUCCCCAAUCAUCAAUAGAGGAGGCCAAUUAAUUAAGUCAAUAUAUAAAGUUCACAUGCUGUUAUCUUCAGAGCCUUCGCGGCAUCACCACAUGCGAAAAGAUGCGUGUAACUUGACCAUAGCAUCGCCCCCUAUUUGACCCGGUGGAUGGUAUGAC